CCGCGGUGUGUUUAUCAUGAGGACGUGUGUGUUUAUUCUGCUGCUCCUUGCCAUCCUGCAGUUAAGUGAGGCCCGACUGUGUUACAACUGCACAGGCGACUGCGUGACCGACAGCGAGUGCAAAGGAUCGUGUACCACGUCUGUGCCUGAAUUAGGCGACGGUCACGAGAUCCGCAGUUGCCAGAACGAGACCGUGGAGGCGCGGUGCAUCUCGGAGAUCAUCUUCGACAAGCGAUAUAAGACCUGCUACUGCAACACCGAACGCUGCAAUUCCUCGUCCGUCGCCUCCGUCAGCGCCUUCCUCUUCGUGUUGGUGGCUCUCCUCCUGCGGGAGCUGAGGUAGAAAGAGAAAGGGACACCAUCCGGCUGGGACGAGCGCGGCCCAGCGAGAGAGGAGACUGAAACCUUUUCCAGAAUAAGUUUCGAACGACUGGGUGUGACUUCUCCAGGUCGACUAGUCCCCAAAGCCCAUGACUCGACGAAUCUUCAACACGACAGUUCCUUGCAUGAUGAUAUUCGCGUGAAGCUGAAAGAGAUUCUGCGCGUUUUGUGUUGUUUUCAUUUCAGGAAUCAUCGAGAUCUGAAUCUGUAUUUUACGUGGUCUACACACAUUACUCUUUGACAAGAUAAUUCACUGCGUGUUUUCCAUUGUUGUAAUCAUUACUGUCAAUAUUCAUAUUACCAUUAUUGGAUAAUUUUUUUAUACUUUCCAUAUUAGCCAACAGAUGAAAAGUUCCUCCGCAACGAAAAAUUCAACCUUAUUCGAAGAUACGAAAAAAAAAUCUUACUAAUUUAGGUAACCAUCUUUGAGUCUGUCUCAGCUCUUGACUUGGCUUAAACAAGAUAAAAUAAAACUGAGGGCAAAAUACAAGACACAAGUCUCAACUAACCAUAUUAAACCGCUUUCUAAGAUAAACAGAACUUUGGAAAUCAUCAUUUAACUACCGGGGCGUCUAAGUUAUCAAUAUGACACUUCCUCAGACCAGCCUGUUAGAUGUGUCUUUACCCUCGCACGCUGGGGUUAUGCCAGAAGGGCCGCCGAUAGAGGUAUUAAGUAACCGCUUAGGCCAUAAAUAACUCUCUUGACAUACCUGUGGGUUUCGACAUAACGUUUUUACUCCUACCUAAAACACACUUAUAUACAAUAUUUGUUUUUGCCUUUGCGCCACUCAUAAAAUCUAAAGCACACAGAUCUUUGGCUGUACUACCCCACACCUACCCGUUUCAUACUUUCGCUUGUUCCCUUGAUUACAUGAAAGCCUUUCAUUACGCAAGUAUAAGAGCUUGAUAUUAAGGUCACUAUAUCUCGUUAAAUAUUAUCUCUCCCAGUGCUUCUUUUCAUAUGCCAAACCAUACCGGAGAACUGUGCUAUCCACGCAGGUCCUCAGUGGAUAGGUUCUAGUGCCUUUCUUCCCUUUUCUGGAGUUGAGGUUAAAGAGAUACUUUGCUUUCCACACAUGUUUCAUUUACUGGUGCAAUAAAGGGCUGUUAGUGGAGUUUACCACGGAGUAAGAAGAAGCGAAGAUUAUAGAAGGGGUCAUGGCAUACCCGCUCGAACAGAAGUCAUUUUCUGUCGUUGCAAAAUGUGAAUGGCAACAUUACAUAUCCUCCUAUAGAAGAAUGAGUCACUUAUUAAUCAGAUUUUUAGUUCACCAUAGUAUAUUUACGACAUCACAUUUUUAGAAUAAUUUUUUUACGAACAAAAUGUCUAUAUAUUUCCAACAUUUAGUAAAAUGCUAUUUUAGUUAUUUUGUCGGACAUUGUAAGGCUUAUAUUUCACAUAUAGUAUGUACUCUAGUUCCGUAUAUUUGCAGAGCAUAAUUUCUAUAUAUUUUUCUGAUGCUUUCAGAUGCAGUCGACAAUAGAGUGCAAAACAGCCACAAGAAAUAUGAUAAUGCCGUUUCAAAACAAUGUGGAUUUCUCAUAUGAUCUUCACCGUCUGAUCAAGUCUUUUUUCUGGCUUGAAAAUGACAACUUUUUUUUUUUUUUCUUUAUGUCUUAUUUUUUUCCUAUAAAAAAAUGUUGAGACGCAGAAAUCAAAUUAAGACUUUAUAGAGUAGCAGCUACCAUUAACGCCACGUAAUUAAAGCAGAAUGAAUGAAAUAGACAAAGAUUUCGAUAACUUAUACAAGGUAUAAAUACAUCAAAAUUUCAUUAGCAAUAUUGUAUUAUAUAGCCUCAUAGUGAGCGGCUUCCAAUACCUUUCCACACUGCAUGUCACUUCUAGAGUAGGUUAGAAAGUUGAUAUGGAUAUAUGCGUCAUGUAUUUUUGGCAUUAGAUUAGCAAACAGACCACUGAAAGCAAACGAGUUCGUGCAUUUCAUAAAAUACUUUUUUUAUCGUAUUUUAUAAAUAUUUAUAUAUACGUACAGCAUAGCAAGCACACCACAAGUAUGUCUGCCAUUAGAGUCACCAUUAUUUAUGCAGAAAUUAUGUUGGGCGAUGGAAAUAUUUUAUAAAGAAAUAGCCGUAAAGAUAUAUUGUGAUUCCAGAUACCAUUGUGAAUGUGUGGAUAGCAAGGUGUUUCGCAGGAAAGGGCAAAAUAUUAACUUUGCAAACUUAAUCAUACUACAGCAUAUGCUUAAUCGCCUAUCACUUUAUUUUUUUGGAUCUCGUGUACAUUUUUAUCUAGUUACAUUAUGGACAUCGGGAGAAAAUAAAAGAAACCCCGUCAGUCUUGUUGAAUAUACGUGUAUCAUUUGAAAAGCAUCAUACAGUGCGCACAGUAGACUUUUUCCCAAGAAGUGAUAUGUAUAUCAACAGCCCUUUCGUGACCUCGUUCUAACGGUGCCCCCAAUAACUAAUGAACGACCUGUUACAACGCAAGAGAAUCACCUUGCUGGGUGCGAAAUAACAUACUAAUACUCACUCUCGCUUGUAGCUCCUCGGGAAGCAUGGGUAGGCCUGCUACUUGUGGCAAAUGUAGAAAAAGGGUAUGGAAAAGGGAAUGACUCAACAAUGCAAAAUACGUCGUUUGCGUUGAUGUUACUU